GAGGAGCAAAGCCUUCAGGCAGUCACAGAUCAGUCUCUAUUGACCAAGACAUGGACUCUGAAGCAACGAUGGUGGUGGCGGCACUUGGCCGUCCGUUCGGUCUCGGAAUGCUGUACGACUGCCGUCGAGACUUACUGGUCCCUGGACUGACAAUGUGGGACCACAAUGACUUGGAAAAAUGUAUAAGGAAAAUACCAAAACAUGAUAGUUCUUUUGACAUAGUUGCCACUGAAUCAAUUGAGGAUAAAUCUUCAGCACUAAAUCUGGAAACCUCUCUGAGAGCAAGUUUCUUGAGUGGACUAGUGCAGGUUCAGGGAUCGGCCAAAUACCUGAAUGAUGAGAGGACAUCCAAAAAUCAGGCCAGAGUAACACUGACAUAUAAAACUACCACACAGUUCCAGGAACUCUCUAUGAAUCAUCUUGGCAGCGACAAUAUUAAACAUCAAAAUGUUUUAGAUAAAAAUAUAGCAACACAUGUGGUUACAGGCAUCCAGUAUGGGGCUCAAGCCUUCUUCAUCUUUGACCGUGAGGUGUGUGAAGAAGAAAAUAAUCAAGACAUUCAAGGCAACAUGAAAGUGAUGAUCAACAAGAUUCCUCGUCUCUCUGUAGAAGGAGAGGGAACCUUGAAAAUGGAAGACAAGGACAAAGUAAAUGUUGCAAAAUUCUCCUGUAAAUUUCAUGGAGACUUUUGUCUUGAGAAGAAUCCGGUGUCCUUUCAGGAUGCAGUAGAAGUCUACCAAAGCCUGCCAACAUUACUGGGAGCCAACAGAGAAAAUGCUGUACCAAUGAUGGUCUGGCUGUUGCCACUGGCAAGUUUAGUUUCCUCUGCUGCUAAACUUGUCCGUCAGAUAAGUAUAGGUUUAGUUCAAGAGGCACAGAAUGUCCUGCAGGACUUCAGUGAGCUGGAUAUGAGAUGCAAUGAUGCUAUGAGGGCCCCCAUCGCAAAGCAGUUCCCACAAAUUAGCAAAAAAAUUAGAGUGUUUAAAGAAAUGUGCUCUCAGUUCAAGUCAGAAUUCCAACAAACCUUGGCAAAGAAACUUCCUGCCAUCCGAGGAGGAGGAGAGGAGGAGGCGGUGCUUGCAGACAUCCUGAAGAAGAGACAUUCCUCUCCUUUCAACACCAAAGACCUGAAUGAGUGGAUGGACUGUAAAGAGAAAGAAAUCUUCAUGUUAACGUAUUUCACCAACAUGAUGAAAAACGCCAAGAUCAUCUCAAAUAUAAAUCAUCUGUUAAAAGAAGGUGACAGCAAAGAGUUUGCGCUAUGUUUUGUAUUUACCUCACUGGAAAGUGACAAACCGUAUCUCUCAGCUUUAUCAAUGUUCUUAAGAGGAACCAUCGAACCAGACAACACUCAAAAUCCACACAAUCGUGAUGUAGAGAAGGAAGAUUGGCAUGCCUUGAAGGAAUUCACAGAUGAGAUGAGGAAAAGCGUAAAACUCUUCAGUGAUUUUGCAGAGGCCAACAAAGAGAAUGAGAACAUUAAGUUCCUGGUGGUGGGUAGUUUAAAUGAGACACAGAAAGGUUCAGCCAUCCACCUUUAUGUACACGGCUGUAUUGUCAGUGAGAACUUUGAGCCACCCUCCAAGCCUGAGACUGUGACAACAAGUGACAUAAACCAUAACAGGGUAACACUGAAGAUUUCUCCACCCAGAUUCGGAGCAGAGAGCAUCACCUCCUACUCUGUUGAGUACUGUGUCCGUGGAGACGAUGGAUGGCAGAAGCAGACUGUGCCAAUAGCUGAGGAAGUCACCGUGAGCGAUCUGAGGCCAAGAGUCACCGUGAGCGAUCUGAGGCCAAGAGUCACCGUGAGCGAUCUGAGGCCAAUAGCUGAGGAAGUCACUGUGAGCGAUCUGAGGCCAAACACUGAGUACCUCAUCAGAUGCAGGGCAGUGACCUCAGCAGGUGUCGGACCAGCUAGUGAAGUCUCUGUUAAAACCUUACCUUGCAGCCCUCCUGGAAAACCUCAGGUUAUAGAAGCAAACUCAAGUGAUAUAACAGUUAGCUGGAUGAAACCUGCUGAUAUUGGACAGGGUGUCCAGACAUUGAGCUACAUUGUGGAGUAUGCAAAAACAGGUCUCCAGUGGAACAAACAAGAGUCAAACAGGGAAAGGGCAACUAUUUCAGGCCUACAAGCAGAGACCAAUUAUACAGUCAGGGUUAGUUGUGAUUGCGGUGUUGCCGGCAGAAGCAAGGAAAGCAUCACUGCGGACUUCAGCACAACAAGGUAUGAACGCCUUGCCAAUGUCAUCAAACGUGCUAGCAGAAUUAUAAAGUCAGGCCACCCUUCAAUGUAUGAGGUGUAUGAGGUGCCUCUGGAUAAAGAAAAUCUGGAAAUGCAUGGCUGCCGGGGGUAUACCUUUGGCAAAGAAAGCUGUAGGGAGAAUCGUACUAUCAUACUCCUUGGAGCAAAUGGAUCAGGAAAGUCGACUCUCAUUCAAGGAAUGAUCAACUACAUAGUGGGUGUAGAGUGGAAAGAUGAUUUUAGAUUUAGAUUAACUAAUGAGGAUCAGUCAGCAUCACCAGCUCACACCCAAAUCUCCAAAGUCACAAUGUUCAAACUCAACCACCAGCAGGGGUUUAAGAUCCCGUUCUCCUUGACCAUAGUGGACAUUCCAAGCUUUGGAGAUACAAAAGGCACAUACAAAGGCACAAAGAUCACAGAGCAGCUGAGAAAUCUAUUCUCUGCUAUAAAUGAAAUCAAUGCUGUGUGUUUUGUAGCUAAGGCUGCUUUAGCACGCCUCACACCAGCACAUAAAUAUGUUUUUGAUUCUGUGCUUUCUAUUUUCAAAGAUGUGGCUGAGAACAUCAGAAUUCUAGUGACCUUUGCAGAUGGGCAACGACCACCAGUUCUAGAGGCAAUCAACACGUCAGGUGUUCCAUGCCCUAAAACAAAUAAGGGGGUGCCAAUUCACUUCAAAUUCAACAAUUCAGCAUUGUUUGCACACAACUCCUCACCUGCUGACAACCCAGGUGAUGAUGAAGACAAUGUGAGCUUUGAUCAGAUGUUUUGGAACAUGGGGACAAAAAGUAUGAAGAGGUUUUUUGAUGAUCUAAAUGUAAUACACUCCAAAAGCUUGACAACGACAAGACAGGUCUUCAGGGAAAGAGAGCAGCUUGAUAACUCAAUUGAGAAUUGGCAAACACAGAUUAGAGUUGGGAUUUCCAAACUUGAGGAAAUAAAGAUGAUAAGUGAAACACUUCAAAAGUAUGAGGCAGAGAUCAACGGAAAUAGGUACUUUUUGUUUGACAUCAAAAAACCUGUUCAAACUUAUAUGUCUGGUUCUGAUUAUUACAUCACCAACUGCCAGGUUUGUUCUUUUACCUGUCACUACCCUUGUAGCAGAGCAAAUAAUGAUAAAAGUGACUGUUCUGCAAUGGGAUCAAAUGGAUACUGCACAGUGUGUUCAGGUAAUUGCCACUGGAGUGUACAUUUUAAUCAGAAGUACAGAUGGGAUUAUCAAGAUGUAAUGAAAAAACAAACAGUGAAAGAGCUGCAAGAAAAGUAUUUGAAAGCCACAGAAGAAAAGGAGCCUGUUCAGGCAUUGAUUACAAAAUUGACAUCUGAGUAUGAUGCUGAACAGGAUAAGGUAGUGGAAUUCAUUGCUUUGUCUGUUAAGUGUCUGAACAGACUUAGAGAGAUAUCCCUGAAGCCAAAUCCCCUCUCUACUCUAGAAUACAUUGACUUGCUCAUUGAGGGAGAGAAAGCUGAGGCCAAACCAGGCUGGAGUGAACGAGUGAAAUCCCUGAUGGCUAUGAAAUGUAAAGCAGAUCGCAUGACAAAAUUAGAGAGGCGAGAAACUUGUUCUAAAUUAACAGUGAUUGGGAAUCUAAAAUAAGAUAAAGGUUUAGUCCCUGGUGGCCAUGAGAGAAAAGGCAGUGCUCGAUUAGAGAAAUGUGACAAAUUCUACCAGUCCACAAUGGUCAGGAAUCUUUUUUUAAACAAAGCUACAGUAACAACUAAUCAGUCCAAACCAAGAGCACAACACAAGGUCCAUUCUGACACCAAUAACCAAAACAAGAUACUGAGACAAUUAUUAUGAUCGUGAGAAGCUUAAACACAAAAGUGUAUUCAAUUACUAUGAUCGUGAGAAGCUUCAACACAAAUGUGUAUCCGCAGAUGCUGCAGAAACAAACAGGAAAGCUCCUGUGUGACCAAAUGUGGUUCUGAAAGCAUCCAAACAGAAAUGAAGAGAACCUACUUUUGUAGGGAGAAUAUGGAUGAUAGGAAUGAUCAGUGACCUAUUGGAUAUCUGACUAUUAAUGACCUAUUGGAAACUAUCAAUGACCAUGGAAACUAUCAAUGAGCUAUUGGAAAUCUAACUAUCAAUGACCAUGGAAACUAUCAAUGAGCUAUCGGAAAUCUAACUACCAAUGACCUUACUGGAAACUAUCAAUGACCCAUUGGAAAUCUACUGUAACUACCAAUGACCUAUUGGAAACUAUAAAUGACCAUGGAAACUACCAAUGACCAUGGAAACUAUCAAUGAGCUAUUGGAAAUCUAACUGUCAAUGACCUAAUGGAAACUAUCGAUGACUAUUGGAAAUUUGCUGGCUAGUUCUGUGUUUUCAAAGGUUAAAAAGAUGUUGUUAUGCAAUGCUAUUUCAAUUCUUUGGUGUUUAUAAAUUAUUCCAUGAUGUUGCAUAGCAUAUCCAUUACUAAAAGCCAUUAAUCACGAUUAAUAUACACACACAUCUGUUUUCAUAGCAUUACUGAAAGCCUUUACCUAUGAUUAAUAUAUACACAUGUUUUCAUAGCAUACCCAUUAAAAAGCCUUUGUUUAUGAUUUAUGUACACAUAUGUAUGUUUUCAUAGCAUAUCCAUUACUGAAAGCCUUUAAUUAUGAUUGAUAAACACACAUAUGUUUUCAUAGCAUAUCCAUAAAAGCCUCUUAUUAUGAUUAGACACAUUUCUAAAACAGAUAGUUCAAGUGCUUGAUUAUGACUGAAUCGCGUUCAAUGCCAUUGUAAAAUCCAGCAUAAACACACACCUUGACUGCAUUUCGUUCUAUAGUAAUGCGCUACCACAACUAGCACAAAAGUUAGAGUAAUGUUGAAUAGAAAUGUUGAAAUGUUGAAUAGAAAUGUUGAAAUGUUGAAUAGAAAUGUUGCGCCGUGCGCCAGAGCCAGUGAGUGCACGCAUUGAAACGUGAGAGAUAUGUAUCAACUCGUCUUAAUUAGGGGAAUAACGUAGUUUAAUAUGAAAAAACAGUGAAGUGUUCCUUUAAUACAUUGUUAAAUUUUUUAUUGCUGUGCCUUUGUUUCCUGAAAUCUAGAUUGACAUAGUAACCGUUUUAGAAAAGCCAUAAGCCACUCGAGUCUGUGGGUUAUACUGUAUAAUUGAACAGCUCCGCUUCGCGUCCUGCCUAACAACGCCCCUUAGCUGUUCUAAAUUCAGUACAAACCAUGACCUCUCGGGGCUUAUUGAUUAAAUAUAUGUUUGCUCAUUUGUUUUCCUGUCGCUGUAUUGAUUUGGCAAGAAUGAUCUGUGUGCUGUCACUCGUAUUUACUGUGUGAUGUUUAAGUCCUAUACAUAUCCACUUGUUACAUUAAGCUUUACAUAUCCAUGCCUAGUGUUUACAUUGCAUUUAUUUUGAAAUCUGGAUUCAAAUCUUUUGAAGUGAGUUUUGCAUGACUCCUGAUUCUGAUCAACAUGCUUUUUAUUUUCCUACUUAUUAAAUGAUGAUGAUGAUUCCCUUAACACAGUGUACUUCCUCUUUCA